UCCUUAUUCCCUGGAAUAGGUCUGGCUCUUCAGUUGCUGCCUCGUGACAUCUGGGAGGACUGACACAUCUUCUCCGGCAUCCACAGUGGCAUGCAGUCUCUGAAUCUGGCAGAACUUCAUCUGUUGGGCAAGCGCUGUGGCUUAUCCUCUCCACGCCCAGAAGGCGUAUGUCCAUUGGCGAGGAACGGUUAGUGCUCACGGGUUUAUCAGGGCUGACUUCACCAUCCUGUUGAUCUUGCUUUAUGUCAGCUGUAUUAGCAGCCCCACUGGUUUAACACCGGUGUCAGAAACCCCCAAAAUAUCUGCAAAUCAACCAAAAAAAUCUCACCCCAAUAAUCCCCCCUCCUUUUUUUUUCUUGAAAAGGAAGACGCUAUGGGUUUUGGUGUCGCUUUGAACUUCCUCUGGCCGUGCCUUCACUGUGAUGAGCAAUGAUCAGUCCCAUCAGAUGCUCUAAAUUUCUUUGAUGAGUAUGACCCCUGCUUCAGGGACGCUUGCUCAUCUGAUUGAUCUCCUGCCCAGAAACUAAUGUUGGCCCCCAAUCAUUUUAGCCCUCCCCUUGUCCAUCUAAUCCCUUUCUUCCACAUGUUUUCUGAGCUUCUGCCUCUUCUCCUUCUGCAUCUCCAUCUUCUAAACCCCAGGCUGUGUUGCUACAGCUGGGUCUCUGUUCUCUUUCCUGCAGACUAAGUCUUGCAGGGUGGAGAAGGAAGGGUGAGCAGGUUGCCCAAGCAGCUUUAUUCCAAGGGGGUUGUUCCUGCUUGGUCCUCUCAGCUCUUUGGUGGCUGGGGGUGUGUGUGUGGUGACCCACAGAGAUGUCUGCUGAUAUCCAGCACCAAACUCUUUCCUUAGAAGCAGAAGUGGGACAGGCAGUCAAAUGGAGGCCCCAGAAGGGCUGAAAUUGUCAGCUCCAGCUCCACCCAAAUGUAAGCCUGCAGAGAAAUCAUAAAGGCUGAGAACAUUAUAUCUGACUGGUAUCUAGCAGGACUUUGAAUCGGAUGCUCCAUGUGGAAGGGGGACAAAGAUAUUUUUACCCUUUGCUCAGAUGUAGCAAAAGCAAGCUGUUGCAAAGCUGGAAAACAACCUCCAGUGUCCUGGCCUCUGCAUUUGGACUCCAAAGCCAUUGGUCUCUCGCGGCAGCUGUUCUCAAAAUCAGGAUGCAGAGCAUUUAGGACUUUGUAGGUAAUCAGCAGCUUUUAUAGGCAAACAGGAACUUAUAAGACCUUUUCUGCUUAUAUUGCCAUGAAUACACAGCUAGAUCUACCCUGACUGUAGAUAUUGGGAGUUGUCCAGGUCUAACCCUGGAAACACACUUGGCAAUAAUCCACCCAGAUGAAGCCAUUAAUUGAUGCCACUUACUACAAUUUUGCUUUGAGUAGCUGCCUUCACUGAACUAUCUGGCCACAGAUGUGAUGAUCAGAUUGGAGCUAAACAGUACAAAAACCCCACUCAGACAUCACUAGCGCUGUUAGCCUGACCAUAGAUAAAUUAAAGUAUUAAAAGCAAUAAAUGGAAUGAAUUGCCCUGGUGCUUUCUCUCGUCUCUGGACCCAUCAGACGAGCCUGAAGGCAAUGCUGAGGUGAGAAAACAACCCACAUGCAUUCCUAGCCUCUCAAAUAAUCCAUGAUCCCUGCCCACUCUUUCAAAAUCGUUGCUUUAAUCAUCACUCAGGCCAAACGCAGGGAACAUAUAUAUCCUGUCCCCAGGUGAGGAUGCUUUUCCUGGGCUGUGGAGACGACUGAGAGAAGAUGAAGGCCUCCCUCCUUGCCCUGCUGGCUUUGAUCCUAUGCGCAGAUCAAGCAAAUGCCCUCUAUUGCUACACCUGUGACUGGGAACAAAGCAACUGGAGCUGUCUGAAAGCCAAGAAGUGCUCGGACAAGGAUGAGUACUGUGUGACCAAUGUUGCUUCUGUAGGAAUUGGCUUUUUGUCUUUGUGGAAGAGGAUCACCAAGAAGUGCUCCGAGACCUGCCCACACCACAACUUCAGCCUGGGCCUGGCUUCCUACACCUCAUAUUGCUGCCAAACCUUCUUGUGCAACCUGAGUGCAUGCCCGGGACCCAGGCUAGCUCGGCAGUGAGAUGGCAGGGAGUCCCAUGCCAGUGUCCUUCUUCACCUGCUCAGCGGUGGUGGGAGAAAGGGGCUUCUGAAGGCCUGAAAAGCAUGGUCAGAUUCCCUCAGGAAGGUAUGGACAUCGAACACGCUGCAGAAUAGAUAAAGUAUUAUGGUCACCACCUCCUGCCCUGUGUUGCCUCCCAACCUGUAGCUUCUCACUUGCUUCUCGUACCUGAGCUCUGUUGCCCCAGCAGCUUGAUGGAGAAGCAGCCGUGCUAUGUCCUGCAGCCUGGGGGAAAGAGAUGCUGCUUCUGCACGUCUUGCAAAUCUCUAGCGGGAUUUCUCCUGCCAUCUUACCUUAUCUCGGGUGCAGCUGGGACCCACACAGUGGCAGCUUCCAAAUUCAAGGAGGGAGGUGGGCAAAAAUAACAACCCCUCUGCACCAAGUCAGGAGGGAAACUAUGCAAACUCACAGGGUUGCUGCUGGGGAAGGGAAAAAGGCGGUCCUGUGUAUAAAAGCCUGAGCCUGCGAUGGGUGCUAACCACAACUCUCCUCCCUUACAUCCCUCACUCCCUCCAUCCCGCCUCUCACUCCCAGCUCCCAGCUAGGGACAAUGACAUCCCCCUGUGCUGCAUUAACAGUCAGACGCAGCAGCCACAUAUCUCUUCCUUUUGGCUCUGCCUGCGGUGCCACAUUUUUAUCAAAAUGAUGCUUAUCCGCACAGCCUGCACAGCUGUGCACAUCUGCGCACAUCUGCUUCUCUGCAGUCUUUUUCCCCACCUCCACUUCCAGCAGCUGUCCUUGGUCAUCCCCUUCUUCAUGUUGCCUUGCUUGCUUGUGGCUACUGUUUGAGCCAAGCAACCUUACCCAGGGCUGGCACUGCCCCGGACCUACCGCUUGGCAUUGUGUCUUCCAGCAAGCCGUUCAUUUACCCGUGGCCCCGACAUCCCCCAAAGCAACCGCAAGGUAAUUAAAAGUAUUUGCAGCAUUUGGGUCGAGCUGCUGAGGAACAGCGGAGGGGUUUAUAAAAGAAGAAUACAGAUUUCAGAGAGGCCAAAUAUUUCAUGUAGAUGUUUCCAGAGGCUGCAGAGAAAUGAGGGUAAAAGGAAGCUGAAAAAAAUGAACAGUGAUGAGAGCUCAGAGAUUUUUCAUUGCCAGAGGUGCUGCUGAAUGCCUCUCCCUCCUCCCAAGCAGCACUUUUUGGAGGAGUUUUCCUCCGGCAAAAGCAUGGAAAUGCUUAAACUUGGGUCAGCCUGGGCUCCCAAAUCUGCGAAACAUUGCUCAGCCAAGGGAUGACGCUGUGCUUCGAACCCAGUCCCAGUAAACAAGAGGGACAAAAGGGGCUUUGAGCCAUGGCGAGCGCGUCUGCCUUGGGCUAGUGCCCAUGGCUGCUCUGAAUGAAUGCCUUCUUCUGAAGUGCUGCAUAACAGGAGUCUUCAUAGAUGUGUGCUCUCUUUUAUUAAUCGACUUCUACUUUCCUUUACCCCCUCCUUCUCACAGUUACGCCAUGCUGCGAGGGCAGAUCUCCGUGCCGAAGGAGCCGUGCUGGGUGAUGCACCUCCCUUUACCUCUUCAUUAGACCGUGAUCUCUUUCAUGCCCUAUUUAGGAAUUUGCAUUUUUCGCCCUGAAGCAAUCCAAGUCCCCUCCUGUCCCUCAGCCGGAAUGCUCAAAAGCCCUAAUUUACC